CUAGGAGAGCUUCUGGUGGCCUGCUGCCGGUGUCCAGUCCAGCAGCUCUGUGUUCUAUUCCACUACGGAGACGAACCCCAUUUCUGACCCCCGAAGGAAUGCAGAUGAACCCGGCUGCCAUGGACACGGAUUAUUAUUACGAAUCUGAGGAGGACAAUGAAACCAUGUGCGAGUUCUCCGAAUGGGGGCCCUCUUACUCCCUCAUCCCCGUGCUCUACAUGAUCAUCUUCAUUCUGGGACUCUCUGGCAACGGCGUGGUCAUCUUCACGGUGUGGAAGUCCGACUGCAAGCGGCGACUGGCUGACGUCUAUAUCGGUCACCUGGCGCUGGCUGACCUCACGUUCGUGGUGACCCUACCGCUGUGGGCCGUCUACACGGCACUCAGCUACCACUGGCCCUUCGGUGUGCCGCUGUGCAAGAUCAGCAGCUAUGUGGUGCUCGUCAACAUGUACGCCAGCGUCUUCUGCCUCACCUGCAUGAGCUUUGACCGCUACCUGGCCAUCGUGUGGCCACAGCCUGGGGGGCGCCUGCGCUCGCGGGCAACCAUCCUGGGCUCCCUGGCUACUAUCUGGUUGGCAUCCAUCUUGCUGGCAGCACCAACCCUCCUCUUUCGCACCACAGUGGAGGACACGAGCAAACGCAUCACAUGCGGCAUGGACUUCAGCGUCGUGACGUCCGACCAUGAGCAGGAGGCCUUGUGGAUCGCCGGCCUGAGCCUCUCGUCCACCAUGCUGGGCUUCGUGCUGCCCUUUCUCGCCAUGACCGUGUGCUACUGCUUCAUUGGCCGCGCCAUCACCCGCCACUUCAACGGCGUCCGCAAGGAGGGCCAGCGGCGGCGCCGCCUGCUCAAGAUCAUCACCACCCUCGUGGUGGUCUUUGCCGUGUGCUGGACGCCCUUCCACGUGCUAAAGACGGCUGAUGCACUCUCCUACCUGCGCUUGGCGCCGAGUUCCUGCAGCUUCCUGAGCGCACUCCUGCUGGCGCACCCCUAUGCCACCUGUCUGGCCUACAUCAACAGCUGCCUCAACCCGUUCCUGUACGCCUUCUUCGACCUACGCUUCCGUGCCCAGUGCCUACGGCUGCUGCGCCUAGGGGGCAAAGAGGCUCCUGAAGGCUCCAACUCCUCCCAGGUGCAGAAGUGCGAGGCCCAAACUCUGGCUACCAAAGUUUGAUGCCCCUCGGACGUGGGCAAGACUGCUGUCGGGUGCUAGGAGGCACAAACCCGGCGCUGAACUGUGACCAACUGUAACACUGUGCUCUCAGAGGCUGACCACACUGAACCUCACCCACACUGGAAACCGAAUGCGAGCAGUGACCCCCACGUCUGGUCCAUCCAACAGGAGCUUGGCUUGGAGUUGAGGCAGACACUGUGGUUGGGACGACGGUCUGCAGGUGAGUGGACCCGCAGCCAACCGUGCCCACAUUUGGUGUGCUGUGAUUCAUGUGAAAAGACUCUCGUACAGUGAAUUAAUGUGAGCACAGGAGAAACACCCUGAGACUUGCUGCAGAAGAUGAAUAUGAAUAUGGAUCUCAGUGGAGCACAAGUACUGUAUGAUCCCACGGGAGGGGCUCCAUGUGCACUCUGUACUGCUUUUCAAUGGCUAAAACUGUACAGAGACUGUCAGAUAAUGCUCUUGAUCCCCUGUUUCGUCUGG